AAUUGCUCAACUUAGAGAAGCAGAUGACUUGUGGUAGAUCUCUGCUUCUGUAUUUCUCUCCUCCGUCUCCGUCGCUUCUCCUUUCGCUCAUCCGCUGCUCCAACUGCGGCAAGUGCUUCCCCAAGGUAAGGGUUAGGGUUUGGGAUUCAUAGAUAUGCAUCUAUAUAACAUAUUUAGCUGUAAGCAUGUGAAAUUGACUCGGACUGGAUUUUGAUUUGAGUGUUUUGGUGAGGAACAUCGUGGAGCAAGAUGCGGUGAGAGAUGUGCAGGAGGCUUGUGUCUAUGAGUGGUACACUCUACCGUAGCUACACGCUAAGAUGCAGUACUGUGUAUCCUGUGCUAUUUGCAAGGAUAUGAAACACAAAUUUAAGGGAACCUUCACCAAGAGUAAGACUAGGAGUUAUACUACUAUUACUACCAUGCAUCUUGUGUCAUUCUAUGCACUGAUCAUGCUUGCUAUUAUAUAUACUUUAUCUACAAUGUGUGAUGCUGUUACUGAGCACGACUUGGUGUCUGCUCUCCAAGUGUCUGUCUACCCUGAGAUCAUCUUCUUCACUAAGGCUGGGAAGAUAUUGUAUCUGAGAAAGGUUAUUUUUAUUUUAGGAACACAUCCGCUUCAUUAUUGAUUCUGUUUCUGCCUUGCAGCAUGAUUUCAACACCACCAUUUUUUUGUCAUUUUUCUAGCAAUACUCGGUGGAGAUGACCAUAAGUGAUGGCUUUCUUUUACUAUGGAGCAGCCAAACCACCUUGUUUGAAUAGAAUUGGAGAUAGGCAGGAAGAAAUCCCAUCCAUGACAAAGUCUUCCUGAAACUAAAACGAUGCUGUUGAACGAGUUUUUAUGUUCUUUUCUGAGAGGAAGUUGAAGGGCCGGGGUUUUGUUACUGUAAGGGAAGGAAAGGGCUAGGAAGUUCCAAGUAAUAGAAUCUAUUGUGGAUAGAUAUACAUGGGUAUCUACUUGAGCAUUUAAUAUAACCAUACAAUUGCGACAAGUAAGUUUAGUAAUAUAAUUUUGAUGGUAAAAUAAUAUAAGGUUAGUGGUAUGUAUCAUUUCAUUGCAAGUUGGCUCAAUUAUAUGUACUGGUACUUCAUUCAUUAGUUAUGCAUGCUUACUAGAGUGUUUCUAUUUUUUUUAGUGUUGUAUAUUCACUCUGCAAUGUAAAAUAUAUGAAUAUAUCUUAUGGCCGUUCCAGUUUAAGAAAAGAGACAUACAGUCAAGGAGAUAAUGAACCAAGUAGCUUUAGAUUAUCAUACAUCUCAUUCUUUUCAGUCAUUUGAAUGUUGUUUCGUUAUCUAAGCUAUUAAGAAGAAACCAAGUAGCUCAUGCUGAAUAUAAUACCAGUUACCACUUUGUUGUUUCAACCAUAUUGAUAAUGAUUCCCAACAACAAAAGGCUUUGUUUUAUCUUAACUCAAUGACAAGUAACAGGCUAACAGCAUGUAGGUGUUAAGGGUUGUUUGACAGUCUAAAUUUUGAGAUUUAUUUGUACAUCAGUUAGCCCAAUGACAAUAUCUAUAAUAGUCUGGAAUUCACCCAAAAAAAUAUUGGUUUCAUUGAACUGAGUAUUUGGUGUCCGUGGCUAUUUAUUAAUUACUUGCUGUUACUGAUGUUAGUUUAUAUUUGGUUUCUGUGUUUUUGUAAGAAAAACUUACUAAAGCUUUGUAUCUUCAGUAUUUUGGCAGGAGACGCUUGAGUAAACGGUGGAUAUUGAGUUUGGUUAUGAAGAAGGACGUAUCAGAGUACACCAUUACUUUAUGCACUCUAGUAGGUGUUAUAGCUUUGGUCAAGGAAAUAUGUGACUUUGAACUUGUAAAUAUGUAUUGUAGGUCAUUUUAGAGUAAUAAUUUAUUGG